UUGCCCCAUACUCUUCUUCACCACCCUCAGCAGUCUGCCGGUGAGACUCUUCCUGUGCUUUUGAAGCAGCAGGCUGGACCGCCCGGGUCAGAAGGACAGCAACAACAGUCACAAUUGCCCAUCUCUACUUCCUUGCAGGCCUCGCGAUCAGAUACCGGCAAGCUAAAGACUUGUCCAACCUCGUCUAAAAAACAAGUGCCUAGUGUAGUGGCUGCUGGAAGUGAAGAUGCCUCUUCAAAGCACUCAAGUGCCACUUCUAGUUCUGGUUGUAAAAGACAGGAUUGUGUAAACCACGUGGCUCGUGCCAUCCUCUUGGGUGAGGAGUUAGCAACUUGCCAGACUCAUGCCCACAUUGGCAGAGCUUCACCAGGCGACCAAGGAGUGGUGGCUGAAAUGGCCCUAGCCGACUGGCGUCGCCGGCUUGACGCCUUACGCCGGCUGGCCUCUAUUCUUGAGAAGACUUCGGUUGACGAAACGAUCCUCCUUCCAGGUGACCUGCCUAAGGUUCGUUAG